UUUCACGACAGCCGUGGUGUCCUUGUUGGUCUACAGAGAGAAUGGAGAAUGCACUGCUUGCAUGUUUUGCUAUUCUGGUUGUGGAAUUGCUAGACACUGGCUUGGCCAGGGGUCUCAGUCGUCCAAAGAGGUCUUGGCUGCUGAGAGAUGAAUAUGAACUGUAUGAAGGAAACCCUGGACCUUACCCUAUGCUUUUGCGUGAACUUCCUCCAAACAAGAUAUCGACCAUCACGGGACCAGGAGCCACAGAGGACCCUGUUGGCCUUUUACGUAUUGAAAACCAAAAACUUUACAUCACUGGACCACUGGACUAUGGAAAAUACAAGAACAUUUCCCUUGUUUAUGAGGCUGCAGAGGAUGGAACGAUUGAUACAAGACUUGCAAUUCUUAUUAUUGUGUUGGACAUUAAUGAUAAUCCACCAGUGUUCUCAAAAGAGGAAUACACAGCCACCUUGAAUGAGUCACAAACACAAGGGCUUGUGGUGGAAGUUGAUGCAAUAGAUGCUGAUGAACCAAAUACAGAGAAUUCCACUUUCACGUUCAGUAUCGUGUCAGUGUCACCAAAAAAUGAAAACGUUCGAUUUUUGAUCCAGACAAAAGAACACCUUAACAAUAAAAGGAAUGGCAUGAUAACAUUCCAAGGAUGUUUGAAUUACCAGGAGUCCAGCAGCUAUACUAUUAUAGUUGAAGCGAAGGACCAUGGAAACAUGGUGAAACUCUCAAGCAGAAGCAAAGUAAUAGUCAAUGCACGCGACCAAAACAAUCACCCACCAAAAUUUGCUGCUCCAUUUGCGCCAAAGAAAGUGAAAGAAAAUAAAUAUGGCAUGGAAGUGGGAAGAAUAUUAGUCACAGAUGAAGACAUCCAAGGUACGCCUUCCUGGAGGGCCAGAUUCAGCCUUCACGGAGACCCAGGUGGAUAUUUCAAGAUCUCGACGGACCCCAAGACAAAUGAAGGAAUUAUAACAAUUGAAAAGCCGCUGGAUUACGAGGAGGUGUCAAGGAUGCACAUGUCUGUCACGGUUGAAAACGAGGAGCCACUAUUUUGCUGUGAGAAGGGCCGAGACCAGUGCUCGCAUGCUGAUUCCAACAUCCAACUUCCUGUUGUGGUUAUAGUGGAGAAUGAUCACGAGCCUCCUGUGUUCGAUCCCCCACGCAAAGACAAGAGCGUGGAGGAGAACAUCGCGGUGGGCACUUACCUCGAACAGCUCACGGCAAAAGACCCUGAAAAUAAGCCUAUAACGUACCGUAAAGGACAAGACCCAGAAGGCUGGGUAUCAGUAGAUUCCAAGACAGGAAAAAUCACAACAGCAAAACAUUUGGACCGUGAAUCUCCAUAUGUGAGGAGCAACCGUUACAUUGUCACCAUUUACGCCGUGGAAGUUGAUAACACACCUUUGACUGAGGCAAACACAGCCACAGCCACCCUCAUCAUCUACCUAAUUGACAUAAACGACAAUGCUCCCAUUCUGGAACAAAGCCACAUUGAAAUGUGCAUGUCACAUGGACCUGUGAAGACCUUGAUCACUGCCAUAGACAAGGAUGAGAAGCACCAUGGGCCACCAUUCCUCUUUGAAGUUCUCAAUAAUGACAAUGGCCACUGGAGACUUGAGCCCGCUUCUGGUAAUAUGUCUGGUAAUGUAUGGCUGUUUUUUUUUCAGUCAUUAGAGACAAAAGCAUUAAAAGGUAGAGUAUGUCAUUUUUGUGGUUUGUUUAAAAAAAUGUGUGCUGCCCAUUUACACAUAUUGUGAGCAUUGUAGCAU